AGAAACCAUUCAUUUGACGUACAUUUCAAGAGCACACCGGCCGGAGCCCAGGGUUUCCAUCACCAGCACUCAGUCGACCGGACGGGUGCUAUCAAACGCAAAGGCCAGGGAUUGAAUCUCUUCGAGAGGUUACGGAUCAGCAAACAGGACAAGAUUGCGGCCAAUGUUCAGCAACACAUCAGAGCUAUUCGGGCCGCAGAGGCUCUCGACCGACAGACUGGUCCUCAUCGGCGCAAAAAUAGCUCAAAACUGGUUCCGCAAAGAAGUACGAGUAGUGGUGAAGAGGAGGGUCUGGGAGCGGACGCCCGUAAGAUGCGUUUGGUAGCGAUGUUACGCCAGGCGUACGGCAAUGACAUUGAAAGAGUGCCCGGAUUUAUAGAGUUCGCCGAAUCGGCGAAAGUGGAGUCGCGGCGAACAUAUGUGGACGCGUCCGCCCAGACGUCCUAUGAUUUGCUCGAGACUUGGUUUCCGGCGCUCAGGAAACGCAUCGCAGAGACAGAGAAAGUGAACAAUAAUAUCGCCGCCGACGAGGAAGACAUGCCAUCUGUGGUCAAAACGAACCAAAAGUUUAUUCACUCUAAAUAUAAUCACUUAAACCAACAAAAACAUUUGGACAUUAAUCAACAAGAGAGAAAAGAAAAGAUGGCCAUCAGUAAGACAUUCGUCUAA